GAGUCGAGCGGUGCAGUAAGCGGAACGUUGCGGUGGUUCUUCUUGUAGCUGCGAAGCCCUCGUGACUGCGGUAGGGUCAGCCAUGCCCUUCUCAAACAGCCACAACCUCCUGAAGAUGAAGCACAGUCCUGAGGAGGAGUACCCUGACUUGAAAGCUCACAACAAUCACAUGGCCAAGGUGCUGACCCCGGACCUGUACAAGAAAUUGAGGGAUAAACAGACUCCCAGUGGAUUUACCCUGGAUGAUUGCAUCCAGACUGGGGUAGACAACCCAGGCCAUCCUUUCAUAAUGACAGUAGGAUGCGUGGCUGGUGAUGAAGAAUCCUAUGAGGUGUUCAAGGAGCUCUUUGAUCCAGUUAUUGAAGACAGGCAUGGUGGUUACAAACCAAGUGAUCAACACAAGACYGACCUGAAUGCUGAUAACCUGCAGGGAGGUGAUGACCUGGAUCCCAAUUAUGURCUCAGUUCCCGUGUCAGAACUGGCAGAAGCAUCCGUGGAUUCUGCCUUCCCCCGCACUGCAGUCGAGGAGAGAGGCGGGCUAUCGAGAAGCUCUCUGUUGAAGCUCUGGGUAGUCUGGAUGGUGAUCUCAAGGGGAAGUACUAUGCUUUGAGGAACAUGACUGAUGCAGAGCAGCAGCAGCUGAUUGAUGACCACUUCUUGUUUGACAAGCCAGUUUCUCCUCUUCUGUUGGCAUCUGGGAUGGCACGAGACUGGCCUGAUGCCAGAGGCAUCUGGCACAAUGAUAACAAGACCUUCCUUGUUUGGAUCAAUGAGGAGGACCACCUUAGAGUUAUUUCCAUGCAGAAAGGUGGCAACAUGAAGGAAGUAUUUACCCGCUUCUGUACUGGAUUAACAAAGAUUGAAAGUCUCUUCAAGGCCAAAAACUAUGAGUUCAUGUGGAAUGAACACUUGGGCUACAUCCUGACCUGUCCAUCCAACCUUGGAACAGGGCUUCGUGCUGGUGUGCACAUCAAAAUCCCACACCUUGGGAAACAUGAGAAAUUUGGAGAAGUCCUCAAGAGGCUUCGGCUGCAGAAACGGGGCACAGGUGGUGUGGACACAGCUGCUGUUGGAGGAGUGUUUGAUGUCUCCAAUGCUGAUCGUCUUGGCUUCUCUGAGGUGGAGCUGGUGCAGAUGGUGGUGGAUGGUGUGAAGCUUCUCAUUGAAAUGGAGAAACGCCUUGAAAAAGGCCAGUCCAUUGAUGACCUCAUGCCAGCUCAGAAAUAAAGCACUUUAUUCUCAUGCUUCCUAACUUAUUGGAUGAAUAAUAAAAUGUCACUCCAAUUCAAACCCUUGGGGUUAGAGCCCACUUAGUUACACUGUAGAGAAGUCUUCCAUCCAUCUGUGUUAGAGUUUAUUUUUUUUUGAUGGUUGAGAUGUUGCUGAAAAUGAAAUAAACUAUUGUUUGGCCUGA